AUGUUCAUCAAACCGGCUUUUUUUGUGAAAUCGAAGUUGCGCGCUGUUCAUCACUUGGCACAUAGCACAUUAUCAGAUAGGAUAUUAAAAUUUCCAGCUGUUGUGUUUGUCGAGUCUUUAGUUCCAAAGACAGGUCUGAAGACAGCAUUUCGGGAUGGAUUGUUGAGGCAUGUUGCUCAAGAUGUUGUAAAAUUGGCAAAGGAUGGGUUAGAAAGGAGAGGAUUUAAGGAAUCUGGGUUCUUGAAUGAGGUAGCUGAGGUGGUUAGAACAGGUAACUCUUUUGGAAUCUAUAAUCUAUAUCAUAGUAUGUGGUGGUCUGAGAUUCGUGACAACGUAAUGGCAGGUGUGACACCAGCCGAGAAGCUGCUGGAAUUAUACCAUGGAAAAUGGUGUCAAUCUGUGGAUCCUGUUUUUGAGGAGCUACUCUACUGA